AGGAUAUAGAGUCCUUUCACAGGAAUCAUUAGUCAACUAUAAUUUGCUUUGUAGUGCAAAACAGUUAUUUAUACAAACAUGGCUGAAAAUACAUGCUCAGGAAGAAAGAUCAUGAUUUGUGUGGAUGGCAGUGAUCAUUCCAAAAAGGCGUUUGAUUGGUACGCAGAACAUAUAGCCCGUGAYGGUGAUGAAUUGCUUGUUGUAACAGCUCCAGAGCUUCACCCUCCAGCAUUACCACAUGCCCUUGCCACAGAAGAAUGGCAUCAUGAAGUAGAGAAACACCAAGAGAAGGUCAAUGCAAUUCUUCAAUACUAUGAGAAAGCAAUAAAAGACAAAUGUGGCAAGUGCAAGCAUGGUGUUGUGAAAACAAUUGGUGUUAAUUACUCAGUUGGCCAUGCAUUGUGYGAUGARGCAAAGAAUUCYCAUGUCACUAUGGUUGUGGUUGGAUCAAGAGGACUGGGUACYAUCAGACGYACCCUUCUUGGUAGCAUCAGUGAUUAUAUYAUCCAUCAUGCUCAUUGUCCUGUUGUAGUUGUACCAAAACAAUAAAUCCUUACCAAUAAAUGCAARAAAAUAAAUGCUCACAAUAUUC